AUGUUCCUGUCACAGACGGCACUGCGAGUCCUGGGGAACUGCGCCUGCCUUGGCUACUUUGUUCUCACUGACUUCUCGGGGAGAUGGGGGAAGCCCACAGAUCUGAUUGUCAAGCACCUGACCUGGGCCAACUUCAUGGUUCUUCUCUUUAAUGGAAUCCCCCAGACAAUGGCUGCCUUUGCUAUGAGUUAUUUUCUAGAUGAUAUUCUGUGCAAACUCAUCUUUUAUUUCCACAGAGUGGCCAGAGGAGUGUCCCUUGGUUCCACAUCACUCUUGAGUGUCUUUCAGGUCAUCACAAUCAGCCCCAGAAAUUCCAAGUGGGGAAAACUCAAGGUCAGAACCCCCAAGGUCAUUGCUUUCUUCUUAGGCCUGUGCUGGGCCAUGCAAUUACUAAUAAAUGCCUGUAAUCCCAUGAUUGUGACUGACAUCCUGGGGACAAAAAAUAGCACAGGAUUCAGAAAUGUUGUAUACUGUGCUAUUGUAGAUAUUCCCAGUCUAACAAGGAUAUUGUAUUCAAUAGUAUUUGCCUCCAUUGAUGUCGUGUGUUUGGGAAUCAUGACGUGGGCCAGUGGCUCCAUGGUCCUUAUGCUCACAAAGCACAAGCAGAGGGUCCAACACACUCACAGCUCCCUGUCUCCUCAGUCAUCACCUGAGGCCAGGGCCACCCAGAGCAUCCUGUCCCUGGUGAGCAGCUUUGUGUUCUUUUAUAUGAUCUCUGCCAUCUUAGGUUUAUGUUACUCUUUCUUUGAUGUAACUGGUAGGUGGCUGGUCAAUGCAAGUGUUGCAAUGUCUGCAUGCUUCCCAGCCUUCUGCCCCUUCCUGCUCGUCAGCCAGGACACCAAGGUUUCUAACUUCUGCUGUACUUGUUCAUAUGAAUCUACACAUGGCUCUCGGAUAGUGGAAGAGCUCUAA